GAAAUGCUAUAAUAGUAUUAUUGUGUAUCACAUGUACUGAUUUCAUUCUAUCAUGAUUAUGGAGUCGAAAGUUUAAUAACAUUUCGUUUUUGUACUAAAUGGAAAUACGUAUGAUUCCCGAAAAAACUACGCAUGGCGAAUUGUGCAUUGUCGGGAACGAAAAACAUUGAAAUUCCAUUUCUGCGACUUUGCGCAUUUCAGAAAAAUAUGAAGCGAAGAUGUGCUAUUUUUGUCGGUAUGUGUCUAUCGUCUAUCUGUGUAAUCGUAUUCAUCACCGGAUUAAAUAGAGAUGACCAAAUUUUGCAAUAUUUCGAUAAAUAUAGUAUCAAUAAAUUUAAAGAACUGAAGAAACAAGCGUGUGUUCACCCAGACUUGUCCAUAUGGAACGAUUUUGACGUAAGGUCUGUCAGUAACAAAAGCAUAACAUGUGGAAACGCAGACGACGAAUGGGUGUAUACCGGAAAUGGAAAGUUCUACAUUUCUUCAUCGGCAGUUAAACGAUAUGGAGAGAUAAACUGUACAUAUAUACCAAUUAGUAAUUUUAACGACAAUUAUAAACGGCUUAAACUUAUAUAUCCAAUGCUUAACAACAGUGAUCUUCUAACAGACGCGUUCAAAGCUUUGUGCAAAUCCGCCAACGGAAGUAAGUACGACAAUUAUCAUGCAUGUAUUUCAAUAAAUAAACAACCCACUGCAAAUCAGAGUAAAAUAUCAAAUGAAAAUAAAUUCAACGUUAUAAUCCUCGGUCUAGACUCUUUCUCUCGACAAAUGUUUCAACGACUUUUGCCGAAAACACACGAGUAUUUUACAAAAACAUUACAUGGUUCCUUACUAGAGGGAUACAAUAUUGUUGGAGAUGGUACAACGCGAAAUCUAAUGCCAAUGUUUACUGGAAAGCGCAUGACUGAAAUACCGGAAAUUCGACGGGGGUUUCCAGGAGCAAGACACGUAGACGAGGUUCUAGAUUUCGUGUGGAAAAAAUAUGAAAACAAUUCAUAUGUUACACAAUGGGCCGAAGAUUAUCCGAUGGCUGGUGCUUUCUUCUACAGGGUACUAGGAUUUUCUAAACAACCUGUAACUCACUAUAUGAGGCCAUUCUUCCUGUCUGUUGGAAAUACGAUGAAACAUGACUACUGCAUAGGUGAAAGGCCAAGUUACAAAGUGUAUUUAGAUUGGAUUAAAGAAGGAUUAGAAACAAACAAAGGAAAACCAUUUUUUACGUUGGGUUUCAUGGCAAGAUAUAGCCACGAUGGUUACUUGCAAAUGCCAAAAAUAGAUAAUUAUAAUGUUGAAUUUUUAAAAUAUCUUUACCAUAAAAACGUUCUGAAAAAUACAUUUCUUAUAUUAAUGAGUGAUCAUGGUCGUCGUUUCGGGUAUUUUCGAAUGACAGAACAAGGAAAACUGGAAGAAAGACAACCCUACUUCGGUGUAUUUAUUCCUCCAAAAUUCCGAAGCAAGUUCCCCAAAAGAUAUCGAACAUUUCUGGAAAAUACAAAGCGACUUACUGUUCCCUCAGAUAUUCAUGAAACUCUUCUUGAGAUCAUAGGGGAAACAGGUAACCAUACAAAUAUAAAUAGAACAAUUUACUCGCUGUUUUCUCCUGUUCCACGAGAGCGGACAUGCGCAGACGCUGGUAUUGAACCGCACUGGUGCGCAUGUCUCAAGUCAGAGACUGUUUCCGUUUCCGACCCGAGAGCAAUACGAUGCGUUCAGCAUGCGUUACAUUAUAUAAAUGGCCGGCUUAGAAAAUUUUUCAUUCUUUGUCACAAACUAUCACUUAAAAACAUUUUAAAUGCAAUUUCAUUUAAAACAGACUCAAACGUUCUAAAGUUUAAGAAUAGUUUUGAUGGCAAUGCUGAUUUUAGUGACAUGUUAAACGCUGAGUUAGUGCACUACCAGAUUACAUUCGAAACUGAGCCAAGUUCUGCGAUAUUUGAAGCCUCUUUUAUUAUGGACAUGAAGACAUGGGAUGUUAAAUUGCACGGAGAGUCGAUUAGCAGAAUAAAUAAAUACAAUGAUGCACCAAAAUGUAUCGAAAAGUUUAGGCCAGACCUGAGGCCAUAUUGUUAUUGCCGAAUUUGAUACAUGUAUUAACGAUAUAGCCUAAGGGAUGAAGUCUUUUCUCAAAACGAAUGAAGAAGUCAAUGUGGUCAUAUUUAGCAUGGGUUGAAACAAAUUCAAAUUAAUUAAUUUUGGCACGGCACGGCAUAACAAGGCACGGCAAGGCAUUCUAUGCAUAGCAUUGCAUAAAAUAGCAUAACCCAGUUUAAAUUUUAUUCAGUAUUUAAAUUAAAGGUUAAAAACUAUGAUAUUUACAGUCGUGUGUUUAUUCAACCUUUAAUAGUGAACAUACCAUUUGAACUCACAAAAUUCCAAUGGUAAGCUUGAUAUAAACAUAAAGGCGUUUAUGAAGAUUUCGAAAAUCUACCCUUAAAGGGACUCCACUGAGGUUUUUUGACAUGACGGGACUGGAAAUAAUUUUUUUUGAGAUUAUUACUCAAUUUGAUGUAGAUCUAUAACAAUAACUUAUGUGCAAAAUUUCAGAUCAUUAGCUCGCUCCGUUUUUCCAGAAUAAUUAUUAUAAUAGUGAAAAAUGACACAAAAUUGAAAAGCAUUUAAACGCUUUUCACUCAAAUCGGACUGAAAAUAGCACAAACAUACGAUUUUCAAUAUAUUUCUUGUAG